AUGUCUGUGAUGGAGUGCAUUAUCAUUGUCACUGUUCCUGGUUUACUUGUAGAACCAAUCAACCCUGAUCCCACUAUCAUUCACUUACAAGGCAAUAUCAACACAGAUGACUUCUCUCAAGUCAAUGGCAGCCAGAGCACUUGGCAGAUUACUCCUAACUCUAAAUCUGGUUCUCUAGUUCUUUGGAUCUGA